AUGAAAGGAUCUCAUGCGAAUCGACAAGAUGGACAACAGAUGGGUGAACGACAAAUCCAACGCCUCAUUUCGCGAUUACGUGGAGUUGAUGCGCCCUACACCUUUGAGGAGGGCGUGAAGAUCGGCGUUGGUGGAGACUGUCCUGGCGUUGUAGGUGGAGAACGUGAAACAAUCUCCAUGGCCGUCGACGUGUCCUUUUGGUCCGAAACCCAUGGCGUCCUGUGCAAACUGACACUGGUCUUGAUUACAUCAGACGCCGUAGAUGUGGUCCAGUCAAUGUCUUGCCAGGGCCCUGCCAAGCUUUCACCGCAGGCAAUCGCUGACCUUAUGUGGACCAGGGAGCACUUAACGACUCAAUCAGCCAGACGGUGGCGCUUCUGGCAUGGCCUACUCUUAGCUGGGCAUCCAGGAAACUGGAUGCCCAUGCUAAUCAAGCAAUAG